AUGUACGACAAAUGCUAUGCAAGACAGGCGAACAAAUUCUGUGGCUCAAAAAUGUAUGAAUUUGUGACCGAUUUAAGCCAGCGAAGUUUCAGGGCACUGCUCGAGUUGCUGCUGGAGUCCGGAUUGAUCAAACGUCUACCAGAAGCAUGCAGCAUCUGGGAAAGAAAUUCAGCAAGCCGCUGGCACAGUGAACGUGGAAGCGCACAACGGCGCGACAUCUCCGUCAACGGCUGUUCCCAGUCUUGCCGAAUUGAAUUUCUAAUAUCCGCUGCUUUAAUGAUCCAGUACUUAGUUUUCGGUGUUUAG